CACCCUAACAUUCCACCCUCACAACCACGCAGUUAAUUUUAUCAUUCUCAAAAUCUUUAAAUUACUUCAAAACGAUUCAGAGACUGGCACUAUCUUUUCGCUAUCUCCACGUAUUUCAUUCAAACGAAUCAAAAACAUAGGCAACUUUUUGGUCAGAAGUUCACUACAAACUAAUGAACAACCCGGAACUUUCAAAUGCGCUCGCGCACGAUGCAAAACUUGUCCUUUCAUUUACAACUUUGAGCCGAAUAUUUAUUUUAUCAAAAUAGGGACCAAAACACUUCUGACUGGCAGUCUAAGCAGCAGGGAAACUGAAAAGUGCCCCUGUCUCGUUAGGAAAUGAACCCGUGAUGGAGGCGUCAAAUACUGUACAAAAACCUUUAAUGAAACUUGUAGACCGAAAUUUAUCGGGAGGAUCGUGCAAUGCUGAUAAACUUGCUUUCAGUAAAGCCAAGCCUGCCGAGAUUUCAGUAGAUGAGAGAGUUGAUUUAGCGCAACAUGUUAUUGUCAAAGAUAAUUGUCAAACCUCACCAAAACAUUCAUCUAGUCACCCUCCGCAGAGUGGUAGACAAAAACAAGGCGCUUGUUUGGAGAGUAGUAUCGUCAUUAUUUUGUCCAUUAUUUUAGCUAUUGUUAUUAGGGUACUUGAAUUGUUUGAAGUAGUCAUAUCAAGUAGUGUGGAAGUACUUAAACAACCUCCGGUGUCUAGCAAAGGACACGCGACUUUAUUUUCAGGUGCCAGUACGCCGAAUCUUUCUGCUUUGUCUGUUCAGGAUAGAACUCCUGAGUGUUUAUGUAAGGUCUCAAAAGAAGAGCCUCCAAGUUUUGAAAGUGCUGUUGUCGAAGAAAACAGCCUAGUUUUUGAACAAGCAGAUAUUUUUAAUGAUGAUGUGUUAAGUAGUGACGAUAUUGUUAUUUCGGAGGUCAUUUCGAACAACGCUAAGCAAAAUGAGGUAGCCGAUAGCGACAAAACUUUACGUAGUGACUACUCGCCUUUGGCUAGCAGCGAUUUAGAGAAUAGUGAACAGGGGUCAACAAGUUUAUCCGUCUCGAGGACUUUAAAUAACUUUAGCAGCAGAGCUGAAGCGAAUUCUUUUGUACAGCCCGUUAGUAAUUAUGUAGAGGACAAAGUUGAUGACAUUUCUAUUUCUUUUGCGCCUGGAAGUGCUCUUCUACCUGUUAGCAUAAAGGGUCAUAAUUUUCAAUGUCUAAUAGAUUCCGGAGCUGCUGUCACAGCAGUAAGCGCUAAUGUGUGGCGAAAACACUUAUGUCACGCUUACCCAGAACUUGGUGUGCCUGAUUCAGAAAGUGUGACUACAGUAAAUGGUUCUCGUUUGACUACUGUAGGAAAGACUUUGAUGGAAUUUGUUAUUGAUUCUCGUAUAUUUACUUUCGAAGUAUGUGUGAUAGAGGACCUGUCUUUUGAUGUUAUAUUGGGUAGAGAUUUUCUUAAACGAUUUUGUUUCAAAGUUGAUUUUAAGGAUGGAUUAGUUAGUUUUCCCUCUGAGCCCAGUCCUUUUCCUUUUGAGGGUGUGCGCGUAGAUGACGACGAUGAUCUAAUUGAUGAAGCCUUCAUUUCUUCUGUCCAUGCCUCUCAUAGCUUUGUGAUUCCACCUCAGUCAGAAAUUUUGAUUUCUGGGGAACUUGAAGACUCGUCAAAUAAGUAUGGUAUCGAUGGCAUGAUUGUCCCAAAGCCUGAUUUAUCUCACCGUUAUUCGAUUUUUGGAGCGUCCGAGCUUGUUAGUGUUGCAGAGGAUGGUACAAUCCCUAUUAGGUUGGUUAAUCCUUCUUUUAAACCAGUGAAAAUUUACCGAAGGACUCGUCUAGCUAAU